UAUUGGUUUCAGUAGAGGCUGCGGUGCUUUCAUGGCUCAGCUCAGGAGCUUCAUCGUUCUCCUCCUCGUGGUCGUCUUCGACGACCAUGUGUCGUAUGGGGAAGCAGCAUACAGCAUUGCCGAUUACGGCGCCAAAUCAGAUGGCCGGACCGACUCGACCAAGUCGCUGCUCGCUGCAUGGGAAGCGGCCUGCGGCUCGGCGGGGUCGGCCACCAUGUACGUGCCGGCCGGGGACUUCUUGGUCGGCCAAGCCACCUUCGCUGGCCCAUGCAGCAGCAGCAAGAUCACCGUCCAGAUCGACGGGACGCUCGUCUCGCCGUCCGAUCUCGGCGGGGCUGGCGACUGGCUCGUGUUCCACCACGUCGAGGGCGUGUCGGUGUACGGCGGGACCGUCGACGGCCGCGGAUCCUCCCUCUGGGCCUGCAAGGCCGCCGGACGUAGCUGCGCCGCCGGAGCCUCGUCGCUAACGUUCAGGAACUCGAAGGACAUCACGAUCAGCGGGCUGACAUCGACGGACAGCGAGCUAUACCACAUCGUGAUCGACGGCUGCGAUGGCGUGACAGUGCAGAACGUCAAGAUCACGGCACCAGGGAACAGCCCCAACACCGACGGCAUCCACGUCCAAGGGUCGAGCCACGUGACGAUUACCGGGGCCAGCAUCAAGACCGGCGACGACUGCAUCUCCGUCGGGCCCGGCACCACUAACCUGUGGAUCGAACAGGUGGCGUGCGGCCCAGGCCACGGCAUAAGCAUCGGGAGCCUGGGGAAGGGGUACGACGAGGAGGGGGUGGAGAACGUGACGGUGAACACGGCGGUGUUCACGGGGACGGAGAAUGGGCUGCGGAUAAAGACAUGGGGGAGGCCGAGCCAGGCGUUCGUGAAGGGGGUGGUGUUCGAGCACGCCGUGAUGCAGAACGUCCAAAACCCCAUCAUCAUCGACCAGAACUACUGCAACGGCGACAGAGGAUGCCCCGACCAGAGUUCCGGCGUCAGGAUCAGUGGCGUGACGUACAAUGACAUUCAUGGAUCGUCUGCAUCGGAAGUGGCGGUCAACUUCGACUGCAGCGCCAGCAACCCCUGCACCGGAAUCGGGUUACAGGACAUCAAGCUCACCUACGGGAACACGGCGGCGGAAUCAUCCUGUAAGCACGCCGAUGGCACCGCCUCCGGCUUCGUCGUGCCGCCAAGUUGUCUAUGAUGGCGAACUCCGGUUGCAGCAUUACCACGCAGCUCAUACAUAACAGUUGUAGCACUACAUGUAGACGACUCAGACACAGAUGCCUACUUCGAUGAC